UUGCAGCCCCAAAUCCAACAGAUGGAAAAAAGCCUUUGAACCAAGAAAGAGGCGACGCCGCGGCCAAAUUCCCACACUCCACUCUCUCUCCCCCGAAAAACCCCCAUACUUGGAAACAUGAAUUUACCAAAAGAAAAUCAACCCACGUCCACCGAUCUCUGAAUUUCUUACGGAAAACCGGAGCACACUGUCAACGGGGGAGGAGUCAAUAAUUGCCCGGAAUCUGGCCUACCAUGUCGACGGAGGAAACGGUUUCCCGGUCACCACUCGACAAGCCUCUUCACCUACUCACUGAAGAAGACAUUUCUCAGCUCACUCGCGAAGACUGCCGCCGUUACCUCAAAGAGAAAGGGAUGAGACGACCGUCGUGGAACAAAUCGCAGGCGAUCCAACAAGUCAUCUCGCUCAAGACGCUCCUCGAAACGUCGUCAGAUUCGGACGCCGUCACUCGGAAGAAGUUGCACAUUCCCCGCCCUGAUAAUCUACACCGUGUCCACAGAUCAACUGGCAGUGCACCACUUAUAGUACCGGCUGAAGAGUCUCCGUGCCGGAGAAAAGAUCCAGAGAGAAACGAUCGUUCCGACCACGGUUGGCUUGUCGACGGCAGCGACUCAAGUCCUCCGAGAACUGCAGGUGAAGCAAAUGGCCCAUUAGGACAAAUGACAAUAUUCUAUUGCGGGAAAGUGAAUGUCUAUGAUGAUGUGCCAGUUGAUAAGGCACAAGCACUAAUGCAGCUUGCUGCAAGCCCCCUCCAAGUACCUCUGGAAGUUCCAUUUGAUGGAAGUGCGGCUAGACAACCAUUGCCAUGCCAUUUACAGGCUGCAAGUGGUAGAGUAGGCCCAGAUACUCCUGUUGUAAUAUUGCCAACACAAGCAGUGAACAUGAGUGAUAACUGUUGGCCGAGUAGGGAGGAAAGUGGAAUAUGUCGCGAAGAAAACACCGCAGCUGAAGUUCCUGGAAGCAGAAAAGCUUCGGUACAAAGAUAUCUUGAGAAGCGAAAAGAUAGGUUCAAGAGCAAGAGAAAGGUAGCAACCCCUCCAUCUGCUAGCUUGGAUGUUUACUUAAAUCCUCAGAUGGGGAAUCAGACCCAGAAUGAGCGCUCAAACAGGAGUGAUGCAUGCUCCUCACCCCAAAUCAGACCACCCAACACCCCUACAAGAAGCAGCUCAGCAGAUGAUAAUUUAGUAAAGAGUACCAAUUUUCCAGAUGGUCUGAAUGAGAAAGAUAUGCGUGAAUGAACUCGAGGCAGAUGGUCUUGAUAGCCAUGUCUGUGUUUAUCUUUACACUUGUAUAAGCACGUACCGGCCCCUAGCAGAGAAUAUGUCCAGUGAAAAUGACAAUGGAUGCCUAAAAUUUUAAGCUUCCUUGUAAGUCUUCAUAUCCGGCUAUAUUUGAAGAAAAGAGUCCCAUAUCUGUUUGUUUCCCGCGCAUCUUACCUUCGCAAACUAGAGAUACUUCUGAGAAGUUGUUCCGUGGAGAAUUUUAGGGUAAGACCUUCUUUAGGGACUGGCUGAAGAGUGAAGAGUCCAUAUUUUGCUUCAGGGGCUUCCAUUAGAGUACCUUACGGAAACUCUGAGCAUGGACGUUUCUAGCCAUCCACAGAACAUGGGCAGCCCUGAGCCAGAUUGCAGUGGUAUUUCUAUUGUUACUAUAGUAAUAUUCAUCAUGGUCAAUGUCUCUAAUUUGAGGAAUGAGAAAGCAAGUUUAUGAAUUAAUGUAGUGCCUCGGAAGCAAUUCCUGUAAUGGUCGGUUUUUCUCCUC